AACCCCCCCAAAAAAUCGAAGAUCGAAAGGCUAUCCACAGCCCCUCGUCCGCGCGCGUACUGCCAUCACCUCCCACAAAGAUGGCGGCGGCGGCGGCGGCGAGGCGUGCCACUGGCCUUCUCCCCCUCCUCCUCUCCUCGCCGUCCAGGGCUCGCGUACCCCACCGCCGGGCGCUAGCCCUGAUCCCUCAGCCUCGUCCCCACCGCCUCCUCUCGCACCCCGCCAGGCUCUUCUCCAUCUCCCCCUUUUCCGCCUCCGCCUCGAAUGGCGCGGCUGCCGAGAGAGCCCGCGAGCUGCACCUGUACAACACCAAGUCGCGGAGGAAGGAGCAGUUCCGGCCGCGAGCGCCCGGCGGGGAGGUCGGCAUGUACGUCUGCGGCGUCACGCCCUACGACGACAGCCACAUCGGCCAUGCCCGCGCCUACGUCGCCUUCGACGUCCUCUACAGGUACUUGCGUUAUUUGGACUAUGAAGUUCGCUAUGUUCGGAACUUUACCGACAUUGAUGACAAGAUAAUUGCAAGAGCAAACCAGCUGGGGGAAGAUCCUUUUAGCUUAAGCAAAAGGUUCUCUGAUGAUUUCCUGUCAGACAUGUCCCAUCUUCAAUGUUUACCACCAUCUGUGGAGCCCCGUGUUUCAGAUCACAUUGAUCAGAUUAUUAACAUGAUUAGACAGAUCCUUGAUAACAGUUGCGCAUAUGUAGUGGGUGGGGAUGUCUAUUUCUCUGUUGACAAUUUUCCUGAAUAUGGAGAGUUAUCUGGUCGAAAACUAGAUGAUAAUAGAGCUGGCGAAAGGGUUGCAGUUGAUGAGAGGAAGAGAAAUCCAGCUGAUUUUGCUCUAUGGAAGGCUGCAAAAGAUGGGGAGCCAUGGUGGGAUAGCCCUUGGGGCCCUGGAAGACCAGGAUGGCACAUAGAAUGCAGUGCCAUGAGUGCACAUUAUUUGGGCCAUUCUUUUGACAUACAUGGUGGUGGGGAGGAUCUCAUCUUUCCACACCAUGAGAAUGAGAUCGCUCAGAGCCGUGCUGCAUGUUGUGACAGCUGCAUAAAUUACUGGAUACACAAUGGUUUUGUCAAUGUAAAUAGCCAAAAAAUGUCUAAAUCACUUGGUAACUUCGUCACCAUACGCAAGGUAAUAGAGAUGUACCACCCGCUUGCUUUGAGAAUGUUCUUACUUGGGACACACUACAGGUCCCCCAUCAACUACACAAUAGAACAACUGAAUGUUGCAUCAGAUAGACUGUACUACACGUAUCAGACAUUAUGUGAUUGUGAAGAGAGUUGCCAUCAGCAACAAAGCAACACUGGAGAUUCGGUGCCUGCUAAUACCUUAAAUUACAUCCAGAAACUUCACAAUGAAUUUGAGACUUCGAUGUCAGAUGAUCUUCACACUUCAGUGGCAUUGGCUGCUAUUUCUGAACCACUGAAAGUUAUGAAUGAUUUGUUGCACACUCGUAAGGGAAAGAAGCAGGAAAAACGAUUGGAAUCUCUUUCUGCCUUAGAAGAGAAAAUAAGAGUAGUGCUCUCUGUUCUAGGAUUGCUGCCUUCAAGUUAUCAUGAGGCUCUGCAACAGCUGCGGGAAAAAGCACUGAGACGAGCUUCCGUCACGGAGGAGCAUGUACUGCAGAAGAUUGAAGAGAGGACUUCAGCAAGGAAGGCGAAGCAGUACGAAAAAUCUGACGAGAUCCGAAGAGAAUUGGCUGCUGUUGGAAUUGCCCUCAUGGAUGGUCCUGACGGAACGACGUGGAGACCAUCUGUACCUCUUUCUGAGGAAGGGGUGGUUGCUAAGACAUGAUCUCCGCAGGAAGUUUCAGUGGGACCCGCGGACAACGGUUUUUGUCGGUCUUACUGGAUCGUAUGCAAUAUUUUGUUGGUUCUGUGAUGAAGAGAUCAACGGAGUUUCUGAAAAAUCAGAUUAUCUGCACGAUUGUGCGCUAAAGCUACAGUGGUUAUGAGCUCAUGACGGAAAUAUACCCGUUUUUUUCCCAACA